UUUGUGACUAAAAUAUCUCUCGCGCCCGGUGUUUUCAAUGAUUUCAAUAAUAUUUAAAAAGAUAAUGAAAAUAUGCUUUCAAUGAAAAAAUGUGUGUUUAAGUGCUAAAACUAUGGCUACCAGUAAUUCGGACCCCUUAGAUGAUUUCGAUCUAAGCUUUCUUCAUCCUACAAAUAAUGUAACUGACAGGAAUGAAAAACAGCGCCAAUCACUAGUCCACAUUAAAAAUAAAAUUAUUGCGAGCAACUCUCUAAUACAGAAGUAUUAUGCGCAGAGAAAUAAACUCAAAGAAGCAAAUGAUCUGUUAAUAACAACUAAAGAAGAAUGUAAGCGAGUUUGUAUUGAAUACAAAGCCAAAUUAGAUUGGUGUACAGAGCUGGAGAAAGAUAGGCAGCAGUUGAACGAUAAAAACAAAGAAUUAGAAAACAAAAACAUAUUAUUGAGUAGCCAAGUUGAAGCUUUAAAAUCACAUACACAUCAGCUCCAGUUGCUGGUAAAGGAACAGGAAUUAUCGUUGAAACAGAGUAAUAUAAAAAAUGAACCUGAAAAAAGAAAUAAAUCUAUUGAGAAAAAAGUUUCCUCCCUAGAGAAGGAAAAGGGGAAAUAUUUAAAAGAUAUUCAGUGGAUGAAGAGCAUAAUUCUUGGUCGCAAGAAACUAACUAACUAUCACCGAGAUAUUUUAGUAAAAUAUGAAAGUGGCAACAGUUGCGAGGACAGUUGUGGUUUAUCUGAUGAAAGUAAUUUCAAUGACAGUCCGCUGGGCUCUACACUGUAUUCACCAAACUCUGAAGAGGAUAAUAAUGCAGCUAUUAAGAUGUUGCGUAACUAUGAAAACAACUUUAUGAAAUCAGAUGAGACUGUGAGUGAAGAUACGGGCCGAGCAUCAUCAUUGGCCCUCUCUGAUACUGACAAAACUUAUGAUAGCCCUGAAGACUUUUCAAAGACUCCCUUUGAAAAUAGAAUAUAUGUAGAAACUGCUACUAGUCCCAUUAGGAUUGAGGAUGAGGGUAUAACAUCAGAAAACACACUGGAAGAUGAAAUUGUAACAAAUCCACAACUAUUUGAAGAUGAUUUCAUGCCAGCUAGUCCAAAUAUUUUUGAUGAUGAAGCUUUGCUCAGUGACAAUCCAAUUGCACAAAAAGAUUCAACUAGUAAAAGUCCUCAAUAUUUUAUUAUGGACAUUCCUUUGACUUCUGAAGUUAUUACUAUAAAAGAAAAGAUACAGUUAGCUGAUGCCUGUACAAGUCCAAUUCAUUUAGAGAGAGAUGUUGUUCAUGAAGCAACCAGUCCAAUUAUUUUUGAGCCAGAUGUAGAGACACUUGCUGAUGAUGCACAUAAACCAAAUAAUUCAACAGCGCUCAUGGAACCUUCAAUAGUAAAUUUAUUAAAUGUCACUGAAACACAUCAUAAACAUUCUGUAAAUAAUGUCGAGCUUGAAAUUUCUCAAGAUGCUAUCAAAAAGAAUGUUUGCUUUUUGGAGACUACUAAUAAUAAAAUAUCUAGUGAAGAAAUCAAUAAUGACAAUGAAGUUGCUACAAUUCUAAAUAAUAUGAGAAUGCAACAUGAAUUAAUGUCACCUCUUCCACAGACCAGUCCAACAAUAAAAAUAACUCGUAAAAAUAUAAGCAACUCAACAGUGCAAAAACCGCACAUUUCCGACAGUAAUAUGACAUCCUUGGAUGCUCUAAAUAUAAUGGCAAAUAGUGAGAAUUUCAAUGGUCAACUUCUUACUUAUCUGAAUAAAGAAUUUUCAAGUAUUAAACAUGUUAUUUCAUGUUUAUCUAAGGAAAUAGAACAAUUAAGCCAACUUAAUACCAAUGUUCAGCUUGAUAAUUCUACUCCACAUAAAUCAGUUUUUGAUGAUGAUACAAAUGAUAGUUUAUGUGAUCAUAAUGACUUAAUUGAGCAGGAUCCUGUAAUAUUAAAUGUAGAACAGCUUAGUGAAAGUACCACAAAUAAUUCAAGUAACAUCAUAACAGAAGCUGAGAGUCGAGUUUUAAAUGGUGAAACUGAUAAUUUAACUAAACACAGUUACGCUAUUAAACGAAAAUCUCAACAUGUAUCCAAACAUGGAAAACCUAAUCGAAACAUUCUCUUGAAGCAUAAAAAAGGUAAAAUUAUAAAACAGAGAAACAAAAAGAGUAACGUACUUCAAAGUGGAAAGAGAAACAUUCGUAAUAAAAGUUUACCAAAAAAAAUAAUAACUGACAUAAAUAAUACAAACAAUUUCAAUAAUCUUGAAUUAAUUCAAAACCAUAUUCAAGGUGACAAAGAAUUGUUCUGUUUUGAAAAUGAUGAAGAAAUAGGUUCUGUAAAUAACAUCAAUGAAAAUGUUGGAGGUAGUCCAGAUAAAGAAAGGCGGAGAGCUAAGACUCGAAAGCUAUCAAAACUGGAUAAAUUCAGGAAGAAGUUAUACCCAAUAGUUAAAUAUACUAGGUCUAUUACACCCCCAAGAUUAAGAACAUCGAGGAAAAAAUUACACAAAGUACGAAUAGUGAAAAGGGGUCCUAUGAAACCUGCAGAUAUUCUAAAUAAUAAAGAGGCAUAUGAAAAGGCUGCAAAAGUAAUGGCCCAGAUAAGGAUGAAAGAAAAAUCAAAUUUACAAACACAUAAAACAAUAGAUGAAACAUCUAAGGACAAAGAUAAUGUUGAAGAAAUAGGGUUGUCGGAGAAAUUUGACAAAACUGUCAGUAAUUGUCGUGAUAAUUUAAAAAAACCUAACACGAAUUCUCCAAAGAAAAGAAACACGAAUUCUCCUAAUUUAAUGAAAAGCUGUAAGAAUGUCACUAGAAGUCGUCGAAGUCUUAUAGAACUACAGAAAUUAGGUCCAAUAUCGAACCUUGUGGAUGAUUUAAUGGUUACUGAAGAGGUAAAUGCGGAUAUUUCAUGUGACAAUACUAAUAGAUUUAAACAAAAACAAACAUGCCUAAAGCGUGCCUUGCUAGAUAGUGAUGCGCCAAUUUCCUGUAAAAGGUUGUUACGCUCAACUUCAAAAACAUUAAAAGAGAUUGAUGACGCUACUAAUAGUAAAGUUAUAGAAAAGGAAAAUUUAAAUAUUAAACAGAGUAAACGUAAAGAUUCCUCAAUUGAUUCUAUCAUUGCUGAAAUGGAUACUAAUGAUAGCAAAACACAGCUGGACGAAAAAUACAAAUCAAGGAACUUCCACCAUCCAUCAGACUCGAAACGGAAACAGUCCUUACAGAAAGAUGCACAUCGAACAAAAUCAUGUCAUAACGAAGCAAAUCAAAAGUCUGAAGAAAAGCUAAAAAGGGAGAGCUUCCAAGAAAAGGAAAUUGUUAGUUAUAAUGACAUUGAUAUGUUUAGUACGGAAUCUGAAUUAGAUCAUGUUAGCUGUAAUGAUAAAAUGGAUAACACUGAUUUAAUAAACCAUGAAACACCAAAAAAAUUAGAAAAUCAUACUGAAUCUAGGAGAAUAUUAAGAAGUAGUAUUUCGUCUAAUCAAGGCACUAACAAGACUGACACUACCAUAAUCACUAGAGCAACAGAUCAAAAUGUUAAUGAAGAAAAAAUUAAAUGCUUUCACAAACCUUCCAAUGCCAGAGAAAGUCGAAAUUCAGAAAACAAUGAUAUUGAUGGCAACAUUAUUAAUUUUGAGAAAAGUGUUCUUUGUAAAAUGAUAGAAAAAUAUGCAAGAAAUGUGAUAAAAUACGCACCGAGAAAAAUAUCAGAUAAAGUUAUGAAGCCACUUUACGACAAGUUUGACAAGGUGUUAUUAGAAAUUGUGGAAUUAACCCCUAAGAAAGCCAUAGCUUGGGUAAAAAAAUUCGCAGCAGACAUUGUUGAGCAUUGGACAAAGAAGCAAUUCCUCAUAGUUCUAAUGAACUAUCUUCAAAAUCCCUCACGAAAAUUAGAACUAUUUAGCAAAGUAAAUUUCAAUCCUGGACCACCAAUGACAAAACAAGAAUACUAUAUUUUGAUUUUGUUGAACGAGAUAAACUCGAUCAGACCAAAUUAUAACAUUGUGUCAAAUGUUCUGAAUAACAUUGAGUUUACAUUGUUCCAAUUGAAUAAAAGUCCUGUUUUUGACACUAUAGAGACACUAUCACAUUUCUAUGCAGUGAUAUGCAGGUAUCAUAUUCUAAAGAGACAACUAAGAACAUUUUUGUUAGAUGCUAUGUAUUGUCUCCAAUUCAAAGCAAUACCUCUUAUUAAGCAAUGCUUAAGUGUAUGGAAUCAGAUAUUACCACUGGCACAUAUGAACUAUGCUAAGAGCCCGCUUAUCACCUGUAUUGUGUAUUUGUUACAUUUCUAUAAAUGCAAGGAUCCAUUCAACCGAGUUAGCGAGAUCCGUUACUUGUUACAAAAAAAGCAUUUCUUUACAAUAACAGAUUGGAACGAAGCAAAAAUAUUGGAUAUGUUUUCUAAUGCAAUAACAGAAGUGAAAGAUAAUCCAGCAGAACAGAAAAUGUUACGAAUAGCUUUACUGAUUGUUGCUAAGAGGCUUGGACCAAAAUGGUGCCAGAAGCAUAUAAUUACUGAUAAAUUGUUGCCGCUUAUCGAAAAACAGGGUACAACGAAAAAAGUGAAAAUAUUCUGCAUCAAAUUGCUUGGACCACUCGUAAAGCCAUUUCCAGCGACAAUGAAAGUUCAUUGUGAAAUUAUUGUUAACAGGCUUUGUGAUAUGCUGUAUGAAAAUGGAUCACUUGAGAUAAAAGAGGCGAUCGCGUACAGUUUAAUAUUCAUGAAUAAACACAGUCCAAAUAAAGUGACAGAAGCUCUAAUGUCCUGGCAGCCAACAAAAAUAUCUCUCGAACUUGAAUGCUUAUUAAAGGAUUUUGUGAGGGAGAAACCUUUUCAUGCGUGGAAAAUGAUUGUUAGCAGGGUGCAGAAUAAUUAUUGAGUUGUGUGCAUUUAUUAAGUUAAGUAUUGUAAUGACAGUAACACAUACCAGUUCUAUGUUUUGUUUGUUUUAGUUUUAAAUAUACUUGGGACAUACUUAUGGGCAUCCCUUAUCACUCAACCCAUAUACUACAUUAAAAGAAUUCAGGUCUUGAGCACGUUACUUUGGGACUCAGUAACGCGUCACAUAGAAAUCUUUAUCAAAUUCAAUGAUGAAACAUGCCCUGUGUUCAUUAUCUUCGCUCAGACACUCCUUUCAAAUGGGUACCAUACAUGCUGAGGAUUGUGACUCUUUUGGCCAAUUUUCCUGUUUGCCGCUCUGCACUUCUACCUGUCCUUGCUUUGUGGACACCAUUACUCAAAGGGAUCUCCAUCUUGGUCGAUAUCUGGUUACACCAGCGGCUUGGGCUUCUUCCCCUAGUCCUGGUGCCGUCCAAUUUUCCCAUCACUAAGCAUCUGCCUCCAACAUAUGCUGUAAUACUUUAGUAUUUAUGCACCAGCAGCAUAUGGUGGACAGUCUCGGUUGCAUGGCAACACUCCUGUGAUUCUUCUGGUGUUGCAAGAGAAUGUGGGCAGCGGUGAUGACUUAACACCAGGUCACCUGUAUGUUGUUUGUCCUCUUUUUCCAUAAAAAAACCUUGCUCAGCGAGCAGUCCAGGGAAUUCUAAGCAUACAUAUGCAUACUUUUGGUGGUCUUCACAACAUCAGGUUUGAUGUGAAAUGAAAAUUAACUCCACUAUUUUACUAGACAUGAUUCUGUCUUUUUUGUAUAUAAGUGUGGAGGCCAACGGGGAAGAGGCUUACCUUAUGGGAAGUGGUGAGGCAACCGCCGAUAGACAUCUGCAACACCAGCGGUCUGAACAUGUGGUAACGGCCUUUAAAUUGGGAGUAUGCUCUUAGCUUAAAAGUCCCUAAGUCGUAUCGGUUCGGGAAAUGUGUGUGUCUUGAAAAUAUGAGCGAACAUUUGUUUUGGAUAGCUUAGGGAAACUGUAUAGCAGGAACCAUCUUUAAGUAUGUUCGUAAUUAAUUAUUGUUUUUUAUAUUUUAUCCACUGAACUGGUAUUUUGUUUCGUCAACUAAACUUAAUAAUAUUGAUAUUACUAGUAUCGAUAGUAAAACCCAUAGGCGCCUAAUGAAGGGUGUACACUUUCAAAUACCACAUGCAGUAGCCACUAUUGUUUCAAUAUGUUGUGAUCAUAACCUGACCAAUAAACACGACGGGUUGACGAAAUUGUUUGCAUUGAGAAUGUAGGUAUUAGGGAGUGUAUUGGGUCUACUUUGUUUAGUAUUAAACCAAAGGACAUUUAAAGAGACUAGACCAACAAUAUCUCGCCUGUUUAGCUUUCCCCUUCAACCAAGGUCAAGUGAACUCUACUUACAAAAUGACGUUUGAUGCGCGUUCAGUCAGCAUUCACACACAGAACGUACACACAAAAAUGCCGAAUACUCCGUUUUGUGGUGUAAAAAUCGAGCAGUAAUCAAAGCUCAUUGUAACAUUACUGGUGAAUACAAUUGACUUUGUUUUCUUAAUAAAAGUUAUAAAGUGUAAUAUUACAUAUUAUAAUGCUACAAAAUCUUAAGAGUUGCUGCUUCUGGGCAUUUACACAACAUAAUUACCAUAGAACAUAGUCGUAUAAUAAACAGUUGUAUCAUACCGCUUAUGGCGGGAAGCGAUGUGAUUGGUUAAUAGUGAUCGCGUCAUGGAGGCCACGCCCAUAUCCCAUAAAUGGUUGACGAUGACUUCAUAGUAAUAGUUUAAACAUUGUCGGUCUAUUCUCUUCAAAUGUCUCUAAAUUAAACCUUAAGAUAUAUUUUGUUCAAAUGUAAAUAUUUUAUGCGUAAGUAACUGUAUCAUAUAGCCUUAAGGAUAUGUGGCGAUGAUGUAUUAUUUGUAAGAUUGUUUGUGUACACAGUGAUUGGUGUAGGAUAGAUUUAGUUUGUAACAUAAGUGUGCGUGUUUGUUUCAUGUCACUUGGGCGGAGCCCGCACAAGCUAGUCUUAAAGUGAACUAAAUAAGAUUUUAAACUGUUUGGAGCUGUUAUAUAAUAUGAUUCCUUCAAUACUAGGACACAUGGAAGGUAAAUUAUUACCUUGUGUAAUGUAGAAGUAAGUAAGAAAUGGUUAAGUAGUGCAAUUGUUUAAACUUAAAAGACGUUUUUUCGAAUCGAGGUUUUAAUUAAGAAUACAAUAACACAAUCACAUUGGAAAUACUCACAUUUUAUAAAUAUAUGAAAAGACAAGUUCGUUAUAUACAGAGCUUCGAUUUGACAUUCGACAGGUUGAACACCAGUGAAUGUAUAUUUUUUUUUUCAAAUUCAAAUUUUAGUAUUUUUAUUAAAGGAAUAGAACAGCAUUCCUUGUUUGCAUUUGUUGAUAUGGAAAACAUCGUUAAUUCAGCUACGAUAUAAAUUAAAUUUUACUGUAAAUGAAAACGGUAUCAUUAAUUAUGUGUUUCUUUUUUUUUUUAACUCCUUAAAUAGAACAUUUUAAAAAGUAUGGUUGAUAUACUAAAACUAAUAUAAAUUGAAAAUCCGGCAAUUUAGUUAUUUAGUUAAUUCGAUUAUAGUAUUCUUUGAUUAACACGGGUGUUACACAUAACAAAAAACUUUUUAAAGAAUUAAAAUGCGUGUAAUUGUAAGAAUUGUGUUUUUACAUUAGAUUUUGCGUAAGUUUUAAUUUUAUUAUUAUUUUAGUUAAUCCGACAUUUCGUGACCUUUUCAGAGCGCGUUUUUACACACACAACAGUCACAAGAACACGCGUUAUAAUCCUUUAAAAGUGUUUUAUUUAAUUCUAUUAUUUAACUUACUUUUAGCUAACACGACUGAUUUUUUGUCCAUAGUAAAAAGUGCUAAAAUCUUAACCAAUGAAAGGUAAUUUAAUAUUAUCAUUAAUUUUAAUACUAAGUCUGAACUAGGAAAUUUAUAAACUAAUAUAACAUCGGAUUUGUAGUGUCUAGGUCGUCCCUUUUAAUGAAAAAAUGAUAAAUAUUGGUGAAUUUAUAAUUUUUUACAUGUCUCGUAAAAUUAAUGUUUAGCAAAAGAUUUUUUUCAUCUUUAUGUGUCAGCACCAUAAUUACAUCAACAAUUAUUUAGUUUGUGUUGUAAUGAUAAUAAUGUCAAUGUCAUGUCAGAACUGUCAUAAAUGUCUGUCAUAAAAAUGUUCAUACAAAAAGAAAAUUAGACAGAGUUAUUUUUUUUUAUUUAAAUCAACGCAAGCAUUUUAUAUUACAACUUUCAUAGGGAUGGAGCCUGAUUGUUCACAAAUGCUAAUCGACUUAAUACAUCAGUUCACAAAAAUCCAAUGGACACCUACCACGAAUUAUAUUUUAACCUCGUGAGCCACUUUCUUCUACAUCAUUUUAGUAUUUGAUUGAUACGUGUACUAUGCCAGAUGCCUAGUUAACAACUGUGAAAUUUAGUGAUUACCCACAUUUUCAAAAAUGUAAAGAUUAUGUUCAUUUUGUCUAUACAUAUACAUGCGUACUACAUUGAGUAUAUGUGGAGUUUUUUAUUACCUCCACAGACUAAACUGACUUAUUAUUUUCAUAUUUAAUUAUUUAUCCCCAGUAUGCGAUGUAAGAGAAGUCCAUAUUGGUUGACUCCACCUCCAAUUAAAAGCUUUUGUAAAUUAAUUAAGAAGCAAAUAACUUAAUAAAAAUAAUUAGUGUAAAAUUGUGCAAAAACAGGAUGAAAACCAUCAAUUAAUAUUUGGAAAGAAAAAUAACUUUAGUAGCACAUUCUUACUCUGUUAUUGCUCAUAAUAUUUGGAAGCCAGUAUAUAAAUCAACUUCGUCUUGCUGUAGACUCGUACAGAAAAUACGAUUAAAUAAAUAGUAUGAACAUAGGAGUUAGUUUUCCGUUGUAGAAUCAUGAUAAUUGUCACCUACACAACAAAUACGAUCUUAAUGUAUCAUAUUUUCCCUGAAUCAUUAUAUAAUAAUUCCAAAGCACUUAAAUUCCGUCGUCUCCAAUUUCAUAACGUAAGCAAAGAUUUUUUUUCAUAACUUACUCAUCUAAAAAGUCGUCAGUGUUAAACAAAAUAUAUUUGUUUGUAAUUUUCCAUGCAAUGCAACACCAGAUCUUUCAUUGAUUAAGGCUGGGUUGCAUAAUAUUAGCUGUUAUAGUUAAUGAAAGUAGAAUUUAACUAACUUGUAACUUGACUUUAACAUAUACUCCGGAAUGUGUUGCACCAUCGUAGUUGGCAUAGUUUAAGAGUGAAAUAUCAAGUCAUCAUCGAAUAUUUAUUUGAAACUUUUGACAUGUUUAGACUUUUACCGGCGAAGAUUAUACGGUUUCAGUUAAAAGUUAUGACGUUAUCUAAAAGUUGUCAAAUGGUGCAACACAUUUUUUGCUUGGUAAGGGGCUCCUGUUUCUGCAAUUAGAUUUCUCAGUUGGGUCCAUUUUGCGAGCAGUGUUGGCCAGUCAUUCCAACCAGCCUAGCUCCUUCUAGAAGUUCAGAACACUCCUGAGGUGCUCGCAGUCUUCCUGGAGCGACCUUGUAUUUACUAAGGUUUUUGCCCCUUGGUUGGCCACCCCAGCACAUUCCAGGAUUACAUUACCGUUUCAUCCGCACUUGCUUAGCCGGUACUUUAACAUGUUUGUUAUUGCUAAAGUUCGUUGGUGCAACCCAGCCUUAAUGUAUUUUUUAAAUAUAUACUUUGUAUAAUAAUUAUAAUAGUUACUCUGUGUAGAUUCAUUACAAGUACAAGGCGGAGUCUUUAACAGAUCCGCCCACUUCUCUACCACGUGACAUUAAUUGAAGUUACUGUUUUACAAGUUCGAAAACUGUAUUUAAAUGAUUGCUGUAUCAUUCAAUUACUGUCCUUUUUUACGUAGAUUCUGAGUAAUGCAGUUUCUAGAAGUUGUAGUUACAAAAACGUUAUUAUUCAAUUAUAUUUCGAAAACUUUGGUGUUUUUGGCAAACACUCUUCAUGUGCAAGAAUCUUUCAUAUCUAUGUAUGUUAUUGUUUGACUAGAAUGUAAGAAAACCUACCUAUUUUUUGUUUUUUUUUAUUCCGAAUGGUUUAAGUUCAAAACUGUGAUUUUUGUUUUAUAAGCUUAAUUGGCUAUUGAAUAAAGAUUUUUAUUCAAACAA